AGCUAUUUUGCGUUUCAGUCAUGUAUUAAAACGGGACUGUGAUUCCCUGCGUUUUGUUUCACUGAGGAAAAAAAAACCCCACAUGGACUCUGCGUUAGGAAUUCGCUGCACCUCUUCAUAGUUGAAUAGUCUUUUUCCAAGUUGAAUCAUGUUGAGUAAUAAUGUAAAGAAGACAGUUAUCUCCAUUGUGAGCACAGCAUGUCUCUGCCUGCUGCUGCUCGUGGUCGCUGUGCAGCAUCACCGGGUUCAGGUGGAUGACAACGCGACAGGAGAGGAUACCGGGACGCGCGCUCUUGACGCACAGAUUGGCAGCGCGCCGGAGAAGAAGGGAUUCUCUGCGUACCUCAGCAAGCUGACCCGGGGACGGAGGGACGUGGAGAAAUCCGCGCGCUCUUCAUCAACCGGUGCAAAUCAGCCUCCAGCUGAGGACAUCAGUGCCAAUGACAUCUUUAUCGCAGUAAAGACCACCAAGAAAUUCCACCAAUCCAGGCUCAAUCUGCUGCUGGAAACAUGGAUUUCAAGAAACACGCAACAGACCUACAUCUUCACAGACGGAGAAGACGAAGAGCUCAAGAAGAAAAUUGGGAGUCAUGCAAUCAACACCAACUGCUCUGCAGCUCACAGCAGACAGGCUCUGUCCUGCAAGAUGGCUGUAGAAUAUGACAAGUUCAUAGAGUCGGGGAAAAAGUGGUUCUGUCAUGUAGAUGAUGACAACUACGUGAAUGUUCCUACCCUGGUGAAGUUCCUGUCCCAGUACCCACACACACAGGACAUGUACCUAGGGAAACCAAGUCUGGAUCGGCCAAUCGAGGCCACAGAGAGGCUCGGGGACAAUAAGUUGAAACCCGUCAACUUCUGGUUUGCUACUGGAGGAGCAGGCUUCUGUGUGAGCCGGGGUCUGGCACUGAAGAUGAGCCCAUGGGCCAGUGGCGGUCACUUCAUGAACACAGCGGAGAAAAUCCGUCUGCCUGACGACUGCACCAUCGGCUACAUCAUCGAGUCGGUUCUGGGGGUUCCUCUGACUCGUAGCAACCUGUUCCACUCCCACCUGGAGAACCUGCAACAGGUGCAAAGAUCAGAGAUACACAAGCAGAUCACUCUCAGUUAUGGGAUGUUUGAAAACAAGAGUAACAUUAUCAAUUUGAAAGGAGCUUAUUCCAUGGAGGAUGACCCAUCGAGGUUCAAGUCUGUGCACUGUCUCCUGUACCCAGACACCGCCUGGUGUCCUCCUCAGGUUACCUUCUAGGGCGACCGCUCCUUUCUCAUCCUCGUCCCCGUUUUGCCUCGGUAUCUGAAAGGCUUGUGGGGACCAGUGUUUGGUAUUAGACCGUAUUGCUGCUGCUUUCUUGCUGCAGUGGCGUGCGGUCUUUAAUAGUUUAACUGGGCUGCUGUGCGGCCCGCCUCGGGACUAUUCCUUCCUGCACCAAAACCAGGACCUUGUUCAGCCCGUAAAGCACGGGCUGAUGGACUCCAGGUCUUGGCAGGAAGAAGCUUUCUGCGUUUAGCUUUUGCAGGCAAUCAGUUGGCUUUUUGAUGUAUAUGUUGCUUGUAAAUGUAUCUGCAAUUCUCAUAGAAUGUAUCGUCAUAUAUAUGAGCCUCUUUGCCAGCUUCAUUAACACUUGUUAUUGUUCUAGCUUUUAAAAUUAACAAAGCCACACAGGUCUUUGUUUGUAGGUUUUUAUCGCAUAUCAUUGGCUUUUCAGGCUUGUUGUUGAGCAGUUUUUAAAUAUGAUGACUCCGGACAAACUUGGCAAUAUGAAGAUGUUAUGUGCUUUUCAGUUAACAGUGUUACUUCUAUAACAACCUGAGCUGGCAGUAGGCAAAUUUCCAAAUGCAUCUUCUCUUGGUUGACCUAAUCUGAAGUAUUUUAGGAUAAAGCACUUUUUUUAUGACAGUUUUUUGUAAACUGAUCUAAUUUAUGUCCUUUAAUUACAUGCUUCAGAUUUGUGUCCAAAUUUACACAAAAAUAAUAACCCCACAAAAUCUCACAAUCCAGUCAUUUUAUGUAUUUAUAGACCCUCUUUGCAUUUGUUACAAUCAGGGGAAAUAAUGAAUGGAGGAGUUUUUGAUUUGGGGUUACAAUCAGCUUUGAAAAAAAUGUAUUUCAAGUUUUUUUAAAUUGCACAGCUGAGUUUCAAAUAAGCUGAUAUUUGCUCCUGGGAAGAGGCUCACCUCAUCGGUUCAACAGUGAAAAGUCAGUUACUCAUAUUUCAGAUCAAUUGAAUCUGAGUAAUAGCUAGACAUUUGACUCAAGCUCCAUUCAGUCUGUAGUACAGACUGAUGAUCCACGCUGUUAUUAACCUUAAUGUUCUUUACUUACACACUGUACUGACUGGUUACUGUUGAAGUGUGUGAGGUGAGAGCUUAACAAGAGCAACAUCAGUGUUCCCACAUGGAGGUGUUUGUUCCCUCUGUGUUAUCCUAACCCAUAUUGGGUUACUCUGUACAUCUUGAUUACAGUAUUGUGUACUGUGCCUGUGUUUAAAAUAGUAGUGGAUGUGUAUUGUUUAGAAUUUAACCUACCCCCUGUGGUUUACACAUGCUUUUAAUGACCUGGACAUGAUUUUGUACUGCUUUGAAAUGUAUUAAUGACUGUGCGGUUUAUUCUCCAGUAUCUGGAGGGUUGGAACAGUUCAUCUCCAAUACUGGCUUCUCAGGGAUUGUGAGCUGAUCCUGCUAUAAAAAAAUUACCAUGGGACCCGUGAUGGGACCUAAAAGUUGAAAUAAAAGUGCAUAACCACUGAGAA